UUUUACAGAUAAUCGUUACUAAUGGAGUUAAGAAUGUUGUUAAUAAUUUCCCUUAUAAUAUCAUGUCUUUUAGAGAUCUGCUCAACUUCGCAAAGGGUUUUUACAACCACAGAUUUUAUGAUGUUUGAAAGCAACGCUCUUGUUUACUUCGAAGUUUUAAAACCUGACAAAAUAAAAUAUAUAUUCAAAUUACGGCCAGCUAAAGAUUUUGGCUCGUUAUUUAAAAUCCAGUUUAAUCGUAUUCGUUUAGUGGCUACAGAGCCUUUAGAAGCUUGCCAACCUCUCACUAAUGGUUGGGCUAUGAAUGGUGCUAUUGCGCUUGUUGCUAGAGGGGGCUGCUCCUUUGUGACAAAAUGUAACAUUGUAGAACAGUUUGGAGCUGUUGCUGUAUUUGUAGCUGACAAUGUAAAUGAUAAUGCUGAUGCAAUGGUUGACAUGGUUCAUGAUGGGACGUCACGGGAGGUACAUAUUCCUGCUGGGUUCUUACUUGGAACCGAUGGGUACCACAUCAGAGAGGCAAUCAAAGAAGCAAAAGUUCCUGAAGCCAUUAUAUCUAUUCCUGUUAAUGUGACGACACAUCCUGAUCUAUAUACUAGACAGCCACCUUGGUCCUAUUGGUAGUAAAGCGUUGUCAUCGCCAAAGGCAAUAGGCGAUAGGUAAUUCCAAGAUCCAAGAAUAGCUGGAAUGACUUGUGGUUCUGCUUCUUAUUCUUGUCAAGAACAUGGAUAUUAGUGUUGAGACUGAUUCAAUGUCGUUUGUAGUAGAGGAAACUAUUUCAGUCUUAGAAUGACCUAUUGCCUAUUGGCUCUGGCGAUGAUGUUUUUUUUAAUUAGGUGUAUACACACUCAGUCAAAUGAAACAGUUCAUAAUAUUAGUUAGCUUAUCAAAUAGGAGUGAAAUUGCUUCAUGGAUCUUCAUGGAUCGGGGGUUCAUCAUGCUCAUCACAACCAAUCAAGAUUAGGAAAGGUAUGUUUUUAUGGGGGGGACGGUCAUCAGUUAAAAAUUGAACUUUUACAGAGGGUCAAACCUUUUUAUUUUGAUCAGAUGGAUAUCAAAAAAGCUUUUUCCUUGUUGACUCGAUAGGAGGGUCAUGGAUUUAUUACUGAAUGGAAGGGGGAUCGAGGGCUACAACCAUUUUUAGAAAGUUUCAUAGUACUCCAAGUCCCCCUGCCCUCUUCCCAAUAAAAACCAUACCUGCCCUUACUAUCUUGUCCAGACCUGUCGAAAUACCAUAUCAAGAAAAUAUCAUUUUUGCAACGUUGACAGUGAAUUUCAAGAAGGUCCAAGUCAAAAUAAGUUUUUAAAGUAUAUAUCGAAAACUUAAUCAGAUUGAGAUACUGGUUAGUCAAGAUUGACUAAAGUCAAAUCUUAUCAAUACAUCAUACUGAGUAAAUCAAGAGAACAAGAGGUAGGAAUUAAAGAUCCAUUUAAAAUCUAAUAUGACAGAAUACCACCUGGGAUAUAAUAAAAUAUAUAAAUUAUUACUAAUUUUAAGUAUAAUUAAGAAUACUGCAUAUUUAUCUUUUUAGAGCAGGUUAAAAUUUUUUGAAGCUUUGUAAAAUCAAAUAUUAAAUUAAUAAAAAAAUGACAAUUUAAAUAACCUUAAAAUUAACUAAAUACAGACAUCCUACCAUUGUUCUACCAAUACCAACACUCUAUCAACACUCUACAACUACUUACUGAUAAUUUACAAGUUGCCACUCUACUAAAACGGAUUUGGGGUAGAAUUCUUUACUAUAUAAAAUCAUUCCCAAAUAAAUCUCAAAUGUGCUUGAAUAAUAGAGCAUGAAUUCUUUAAUGCAGCAGUGUAACAGUGAUUUUUUCAUUGUCAUGCAACAUCUACUUUUCUUGCCUUAGGCUACUUAAUGACAAUUAUGCUAGAAGACAAUUCUUUAAUCAUUUUUAUUUGUGAGAACUAAUUUCUCAGUGCUAUAUAAUACAUGUUUAAAAUGCUAUUUGUAGCUAAAAAACUCAUUACAAUAUUGCAUUUCACAGUUCCCUGCGCCAUCUUGAAAGGUAGCAAUGCCUUUCCAUUGAAGCGAGAUGAACAGUUAGCUUACAAUGAUAGUGACCUUUUUUAACACGUUGGACAAAUACUCACAUGUCUUGUUACGAGCUCACGAUUCAUCUUGCUUUGAUGCAAAGGCAUGGCUACCUUUCAAGAUAGCGCAGGGAACUGGGAAAGGGACUUCUGUCAAAUUAGGACCAUAUAUAUUUUGCCUCUUGAUAUAAAUUUUAUUUUGAAAAGACAGGAAAA